AUGAGUAGCAUCGAGCCUGAGAACGUCGCAAAUUUCAAAUCGUGGAUCGCCCAGCAGGGGGGCCAAAUCCAUGCCGGAGUGCACUUCGAGCCAGUGGAGUUCGGGUUCAACGUGGCCGCACGUAGCGAUAUACCAUCGGAUGCCACCGUCGUUUCUAUCCCGUUCUCGCUCGCCAUCACUCCGAAUGUCGCCAGACAUGCCAUAAAGCAAUUGCUCAACACUGAACCACAAAACUGGAGCGAACGACAACUCGAGUGCACAUACAUCGUAUUGCAUUCGAUCGUUGAACCUAUUGACCCGAGUAUCCUGCGACAUCGUCCCUACCUCGAUACGCUUCCAUCCCCUGAACAGCUUCGGACGCCGCUUCAUUUCACAGAAGCAGAGCUGUCUUCUUUCAGGGGCUCCAAUCUCUUUGGGGCCACGCUAGACCGAAAACACGAAUGGGAAACAGAAUGGCAACAGUGCAAGAACACAGUUUCGGCUGCGAUCGCCGGCUGGGGACAAAGCUUCACAUGGGAGAAGUACCUCACAGCGGCAACCUACUUGUCGUCGCGUGCAUUUCCGUCUACUAUCCUGUCCGACACGCCUUCCCUGGUGACGACGGAGACGUCAUAUCCUGUCCUCCUCCCAGGGAUCGAUGCCCUCAAUCAUGCUCGAGGCCAUCCGGUGUCCUGGGUCGUUUCUGCGCCAUCUCAGACGUCGUCAUCCCAGAGGUCCGAAUCGUCAAUCUCGCUCGUCAUCCACACCCCGACACCGCGCGGCUCUGAGCUUCUCAACAACUACGGCCCUAAACCUAACUCGGAACUUAUCCUCGGCUACGGCUUCUCGCUCCCGAAUAAUCCGGACGAUACCAUCGUCCUCAAGAUCGGCGGUUCGUCUGCACCGGCAUCUAUCGCGUCGCCGAGUGCAUUACGCGGAUGGGAAGUGGGCCGCCACGCUCGUGGUGCGGAGCCUGUCUGGGAGGCCGUUCUCUCCGCCGUGCGCGGGCAGAAAAACGACACCGUCGAUGACGACGAUGAGGGCAGUGCGGUUGAGGACGAGCUCUGCGCCGCGGACAUGCUGGCGGAGAUGGCUCAAGGGUUGCACGACCGCCUCCCACCCUUCCCACCAGCGAACACAUCGGAGAUUCGUCCAGAGGUGCUGCAGAUGCUCGAGCACUACUUGGAGGGACAGCGUGACAUCUUGCAAAGCCUCGUAUCGUUCGCGCAAGAGAAGGAGGCGCGCGCGCUGCAGAUGGCGAAGGAGCAAGGGCUAGAUAUCGUAGAUGAGGAAGAGGAGGGCGAUUACUGA